AUGGCGCAACUCCCUGAACCCUACCAGGGCUCCCUCGUGCUCAGUGACCGCUGGCACAGGAAGGAUCGGCGGUUCAGUAGCCGAGGCGCGACAGCGGGGCAUCUGUCGCCCGACCUGCCCGAGAUCUACGAGGGCUUCCUGUGCACCUCUCGUACGGCAUCGGCGCGGGAGCCGGCCAGGGGCGGCCUUGGCCAAGAGCAGGACUGCAUCCAUCCACCUGUGGCAACGUGGCCAGAUCGCUGCAGUUGGGUGCUGCACUCCCCGCAGAUGCGGGAGGCAGGCUUCCGCCUCCGCCUCGCGUCCGGGGUGAACCCCGCGGCUCGCGCGUCUGGGGCUACCAACGCCUCACCCACGCAGGCAACCUUUGCCGCUCGCCACCAAUCGGCGGAACUCGCCAUGCGCAGUGAGGACCUCGUGGCAUCUGUCACGACGGGGCUGAACGGCGCGGCUGUCGAAGGCACCCUCUACUCGCUGCUGUCGGUCCCCGAGUUCCGCGCGCGCAGCCACCACGCGGGCCUGGAGGGCAUGCUCAGGUCCAUUCACGCACAGGCCGCCAGCCUGGGGGACGAGCUGUCGACCAGGCAGAUCGAGUACCUGCUGGAGCAGCUCCACCCGAGCCCCGAGGCGGAGACCGAUGGAGGCGACAGCGGGGAGGACGACGAGGACGACGACGAGAACUUCCUGGAGGAG